CGACGCCACGACGCGCUCUGGGGCGUGUUCUGUCGCGUUCUCGAGGGCGUGAGGUCGCUGCUAUGGACGGGGAGCGAGGCGGACAGAAGGCUGGGCUGGUGAUUGGUAAGAGGAAGAACAUGUCGUCACCUACGGAGGAUCGCUCGCACAGUUGACCGACUCCGGCUUUUGACAAAGCACCUCGCUUCGUCGAAUUGAAGCCUUUUAAAGCCUGCGCCGUCCUCUCUUGCCUACAACGAUUUCCCCAUCUCUACUGCAUUCUAGGACUAGCACACGAUGUCCAUCCCGACCACCACCCGCGAGUAUCGUCUCCCCAAGGCGGACGGCUUCCACAAUCUGACGCUCACCGAGGCUUCCAUCCGCCCGCCCAAGUCGACCGAAGUCCUCGUCAAGGUUCACGCCGUGUCCCUGCAGUACCGCGACCUCGUCGUCGCCAAGGGCCAGUACCCCCUUGGCCACAAGGACAAUGUCGUCCCCGGCUCCGACAUGGCCGGCGAGAUCCUCGCCGUCGGCGACGACGUCAAGAAUUGGGCCGUCGGCGACAAGAUCUGCGCCAACUUCUCCCGCGAUCACAUCUUUGGCGACGGCUCCCAGGAGACCAUCCUCAGCGGCUUCGGCGCGCCCAUCGACGGCGUCCUCACCGAGUACAAGAUCUUGCCCGUACACUGUCUAGUCAGGAUCCCAGACGGCUGGUCGUACAUCGACGCGUCGACGCUCCCGUGCGCUGCGGUGACUGCAUACAACGCGCUCCUGGGCUUGAACCCACUCAAGGCUGGCGACACCGUCCUCGUCCUCGGCACGGGCGGCGUGUCCAUCUUCGGGCUCCAGAUCGCCGUCGCGAGCGGCGCGACGGUCAUCGCGACAUCGUCGUCGGACAACAAGCUCGCGGUCGCGAAGAAGCUCGGCGCGCAGCACGUCGUCAACUAUAAGAAGACACCGGACUGGGAGAAGGAGGUUCUCCGGAUCACGGGUGGGCGCGGCGUGGACCACGUCAUCGAGGUCGGCGGCCUGGGCACGAUCAACAAGUCGCUCGCGAGCACGCGGUAUGCGGGCACGGUCAACGUGAUCGGGUUCGUCGCAGGGGCCGGCGACAUCUCGAGCCUGCCCGGCAUCAUCCUGGCCAGGGGCGCGCUCGUUCGCGGCAUCCUGAUCGGCUCGCGCACGCAGUUCGAGGCGCUCGUGCGGCUGAUCGACACGACGGGGCUGAAGCCCGUCGUGGACAAGGUAUUUUCGUUCGAGGAGACGCGUGCGGCGUACGAGUAUCUGGAGAGCCAGCAACACGUCGGGAAGGUGUGCGUGCAGGUUGCGAGGGACUGAGCGGUGGCUGGGCGGGGUGGGGUUUGCGGAGAGAAGGGGUUUGUGGAGAGAAGGU